GAAACGGAAGAGGAAGAAGAAACAUUUUAUAGUAAAAAGACCGAAGAACAAAGAGGAUUAGCAUAUUAAACCCGGCAUGGACUCUGUUUCUAUUUAGACGGCUACAUUAAGUCUAGAAAAGGAGAAAGACAUGGACGGUUUAACCUCGACAUCCCGCAUUUGCAUCAAACAUCGCCAAUAUCAAGCUGGACUCGCUGUUACAUCCAUCGGGAGCGUCAGUUCCACCGCAUAACUGCUUCACCGGGAGAGAUUCACUCUGGCCUGAGACAUACCUCACGCAAUACCUCCUUGACCAGGACACUAAGGGGGAGCAUAAGCGAAGACGGUAUAAACAAGCAACAUACAUCUCGGUUUAUCACAGAAAGAUACCCCGCCGAGCAGAAGAAUAAACACCUGCUACCAUGCCGCACCUAGGCCUGCCACAGACGGGCUUCCAGGCCCUGAUCCUUUGUGGACCAGGAGCCUCGUUGAACACAUUCACAUCCAUCCCGGAGGAGUUCCCGAAGGCAUUGGUGCCGGUUGCAAAUCGGCCGAUGGUGUGGUACCCCAUGGACUGGUGCUAUCGUCUAGGAAUUACCAAUAUCACCCUCAUCACCUCACCAACCAGCCAGUCAGUCAUGAAGACUGCUCUAUCACAAAAUCCUCAUCUCACAUCCAUCCAGUUCCCCACACCAACGCUGCUGGCCCCCGCGGACCUUUCUCCUACUACUGGAACUGCAGAGCUCCUUCGACUACCCGAGGUCCAAGCAUGCAUAAAAACGGACUUUAUAGUUCUUCCCUGUGAUUUAAUAUGUGAUAUGCCCGGGCAAUCACUUCUCGAAGCAUGGAUGAUGACACAGGGCUCGCUCGACGGGACGUCAGAUGGCUCGUCCAUAUUACCUGGAUCAUCUAGUCUGCUAGGAUUUGCAGGGGAGAAGGCCGGACGAAGAGGUGGACUUGGUGUCUGGUACCCAUUGCCCACAGGCGAGGAGAAAAUCAAGGAUGAAGUGCCUGACUUCUUGGUUACUGCUCCAUUGAGUGGAGAUGAAGCCCCUGCUGUUAAAGGAUCGCCUGCCACUCCCGCGUCUGUUCGUGCGGGCUUGCAUAAAAUUGCAUAUACCAUGCCCAUGGACUCGUUAAAGGACUCAAUAGAGGAGAAAAAGGCACUGCUUAUUCGAUACUCACUGCUCAAGAAGCAUGGGCGGGUCAAGAUUCUCAAUGGCUACCGCGACGCCCACAUUUACUUCUUCCCAUACUGGGUAAAGGUGAUGGCUCAACGGAAUGAGAAGUUCCAGAGUAUUAGCGAAGACCUGCUUGGCUGGUGGGCGAAGGCAGGCUGGCAGAAAGGGUUGGCUGCCAAACUCAAUAUUCAGGAUCUCUUUCAGUCACAGAAGAGGAGCGACGAGGCGAAAGCAGAGGGCCGUGCUAAUAGCCGUAUCGAGGAGGAAAUCGACCUUUUGGGCAUGAGCACAACCAAACUCCCGCGCGAAUUCGACAUACCAUCACGCACUAUCCCUGCAAGCCUUGCAAGCAGCUUCCAUGCCGCCGAUGACCAGGCUGAUAGCUCUUCUGCAGCAACCGCAGAAAAGAUAAACACGCCUCCACUCCUCGGCUACGUAGCUCCAUCACAGCCAUCAAUGCCUCUUAUCCGGCGAGUGGAUAAUUCCGCUCUACUUCUAUCAAUAUCACUCCGUCUGGCAAAGCUUGAUGCUAGCAACGACACACAUCCUCCCAACACUGCUACGCUUUCCCCCUUAGCUCACGCCAGCAAAAUCGCUUACCCGCCCGGCAUCGCACAACGCUGCACGGUCUCAAAAGCAGACUGCCUACUUGCAGAAAAUGUCACGGUGGAGGAGAAAUGCAUCAUCAAAGAAUCUGUCAUCGGCGCAAACUGCCACAUCGCGUCCGGUGCAAGGCUAACUAGAUGUCUACUUAUGGAUGGCGCUGUGGUUGGUGAACGCUGCCAGCUUGUAGGUUGUAUCAUCGGGAGAAGAAGUAAGCUUGGUCGCGACUGCGUGUUGAAGGACUGCGAGGUACAGAAUGGGAACAUUGUGCCUGCUGAUACGGAUGCGAAGAACGAGAAGUUUAUGGUUUUCGAGGGGUUGGAGGAUGACAUGUCUGUUACUGGUGAAGGGGGGAUGGAUAUGGGGUUUGAUGGAGGGGAUGCUGAUAUGCAGGGGUAGCUAAACUAAAUGGAUAGCCAUUGUCCUUAUCACUUACAGCCGCGAUGUUCAAAAUAAGAAGACAGGUUGAUUUCAGAUUAACAAAACAUGUGUCAGAAUAGCUGCUGUUAUCUCCGUCCAAUGAUGGCUGGUGAUCCCAUUCCCUGUUGACUCAUCUUUCACCAGCCAGGUAACUAUUCAAUAAACAGGAGAUAUCAUUCAACAGAGCCAAACUCCAACCCACCCCCCAGUCCAGUCCAUAUUUCAGUAUCAAAUUACUCCAAACAACACCGUUUUUCAUUCCUCCCAGGUAUCAUGCAUAAUCGAGAAAAGUUGGUAACUGGCAGAAUCUAAUUGUCGGAUGGCUCAGCCUCAGUCGAAGCGAGAGAGAAAGGCCCGAUGGCUUUGAUGACACUACCCACGGUGUUGGUAGCAGUAGGAGGCAUUUUGGUAGUCGUAUCGUCGUCUCGCGUGGGCUUCUGAAUGGCGCCAAGCUUCGAAUUAUCGCUAAUUGAUGCAUCCUCAAGCGAGACCUUUGGGCCCCCUAGUUCUGGGAAAGUCUGAUAAUAAUCGGCACGGUGGAAGUCUGGCUGACGCAUUUUCGCGACGAACUGAUCGGUGGUAUAGUCGAUUUCUUCCAUCUCCUCUUCGUCCGAAACAUAGCCGUCCUCGUCUUCUUCCUCGAGAAACUCGCGAAGAGUUUCGUUUCCGCGCCAAGAGAUAGGCAGGUCGAGGAUG